CAACCGAAUAAACCGUCAAGACCUCCCACGAUCUGCGAUCUUUUCUUCUUCUUCUUCUUCCUCCAUGAGAUGACUCAGAAGAUCCCACCAGCCGCCCUCAAGGCUUUGACGGAUGGCAGGCCAACGCGAUCUCCGUGUCUCUACGGCGAGCUCUAUCUACGUAUCGAUAGGAUCAUUGCCCCGAAGACCCUGUUCGACCCUCCUCCCAGGCCACUUCUCUCCAAUCUCAGCCACGCCUUGCUCAGCCGAAUCCUCUCCGACCCUCAUUUGCAUUCCUCGAAAUGCUUGGCCUUCUUCGAUUACCUUUUGGAGAACCAGCCCUCCCUCUCGUUCCGUCCUAAUCUACGGUCGCACCUAAUUCUAGCUUGCAGGCUUCUGAAAGCGAUGAACUUUAGCGAGGCGGAGCGGCUGUUGAAAUCCGUGCUGAUCAGUCGAAAAGGCCCGUGUCCGUUUCCGGUCAUCGCGUGUGUGAUCGAGAAAUGUUUCGUUAAGGCACGAAUUAGAGCGAAGUUACUGGAAAUGAUGUUCAAAGUUUACUCAGAACAUGGGUUGUUUGAUCAGGCUUCACUGGCAUUUGAUUAUAUGAGAAAGAGGGGAGUGCAGAUAAAUGAGAGGGCGUGUACUGUGCACUUGCUUGCCCUGAAGAGAUCUGAUGAGGUCGGGUUGUGUGUGGAAUUUUUCAGCAAGAUGGUCGACUCGGGUAUUGGGAUUUCUGUGUACUCUUUGACUGUUGUGGUUGAUGGAUUGUGUAGGAAUGGAGCGGUCAAGAUGGCGAGGGAGUUGGUGGAACAAAUGUCCAGAAAACGUGUAGAACCAAACAUCGUCACGUUCAACACACUCGUUGAUGCUUGUGCGAAGUGGUGGAAUCUUCACGAAUUAGACUUGGUGCUGCUCUUGAUGCAAAAGGAAGGAGUCGAAUUCAAUCCCGAAACGUAUAAAUUCCUAAUUGAUGGGUACACGAGCUUUGGAUGGGCGAAAGAGGCCGAGAAGCUGAUAUUGCAAAUGCAUGAUCUUGGUUUGAAAGUUGACACCCAUGUGUAUAAUCUGACCAUCAGUGCAUUCGGUAAAGUACGGUCCGCAAGUAGCGCUGUCAAGCUGUUCGACGAAAUGACAAAGAGAGGUGUUGAGAAGAAUGCCGACACGUACUGGGCUUUGAUUAGCGGGCUCUGCGAAGUCGGAGAGAUCGAUGAGGUUAUAAAAUACAACGGCGAGGUGCGGAGGAAGGGAAUUCAAAUGGGUGAGGUCAUGAUGGAGAGAGUAGUAGAUACUUUUCGCAAGAGAGGGAUGGUAGAUGAAGCUUACAAUUUCCUUGCUGACACGGAGAAGAGAGAGACUAAGAGCUGAUCAUAUUUGCCUACGAGAGCAUAGCAAGCGCAUCAUGCAAAAUGAGCAGGAAUGAAGAAGCCAAAGAUGCUUGCAAAUUGAAAUGCAAUGUUCAUUUGCCGCUCCAUAGAAGGCGCUUAGACUUCAUGUUGAUUAAGAUGCAGAUGCGUCGGUAUGGCUUGACGAUGAUGUAUCUUCAAGUUAAAAAGCAUAGACUCGAGUAUAUUCUGUUCGUCAUUCAAGAAUGGAGAUUUUGAGUGCAUUGAAGAAGAUAUGUCAUCUGUGAGCAAUAGAGAGGUCAGACUGGCCGAAGCUCAAUGUAUUGCACCCAAACUAGGAAAACAGAGCAAUGGUCUAAUAAAUCCAUGCACACUGGAUAUCUCAUUCCGCGGCAAAACAGCAAGAGCCUAUUUUCCUCCUCCAGGAACUGGUUUUGCUUGGAAUGGAUGCUUCGGCCGACAUUGCAGAUUUGCAAGAGAAUGGUUAGUGCAGUGAAUUCAAGUCUUAAGCUGAGAGGGGGCAUGCAGAUUGGUUGCCGAUGACGAUACUUUGAACCCCUUGAAUUGAAAAACGGAGUAGUUCGGUCGCACUUGGUGCUCUGUGACCUUCACUUCUCCUUCCUCCCCUCCCUUCGCGAAUACCGUGCCUACAAUUGUGGUCCUGUAUCCCGGGAUUUCUCGUUUAGUUCAAGAAAAUGAAAUGGCGGGACUCUUUCCUUGGAUGGCA